CUCAGAGGAAAGAGAGAUCCUGAGAGGCAGUUGCAUGGCAGGUGAGGGGAUGGUCAGAGAGACCAUGGAGCAGAAGCCUCAUCAGGAAGAGGAGCAAGUGAAAGCACGUGGGGCAUUGUUGCAAAGAUGCAAAGGGAGUGUGUCCAGGAGUUGUGAGCAGGGAAAAGGUUCUCAGGGGCAGCACAGGCCAGAGAAGCGGCAGGGAAACGAGCCAGCACAGAAAGUUGGAAUAUCUGUUAAUUAUUGGGGAACUCACAAAGGCCUCAAGGAAGCCACGGCCCAGCAGAGAAUCCUGACGGGAGAGAGAAAUAACACGGGCUUUGAGUGUGGGAAAAAGUUCAAGAGGCGCUCACGUCAUCAGAGAAUCCAUGCCAGAGUGAGACCUCAUGAGUGCUGCGAGUGUGGGAAAAUCUUCACCGAGCACUCAUGCCUUUUAAGCCAUCAGAGGAGCCACACGGGAGAAACCCUAUAAAUGCUGUGAGUGCGGGAA